AUGGAGUCUGGGGCAGAGCCUGGAGACUCAGCUGAAAGCGCAGGCGAGAAAGACGCCCUGCGGUGGCAUCACAAGUUGCUAUGGCUUCUCUUCAUUAUCUCUGCCACUGGAGGUUUAUGGGUAACUGCAGGGUACUGGACUGUGCUCGUAGGAGAUGACGUAGUCGAUGCAAACAACAUUACAAAGCAUUUGUUAAAUUCUGUAUUCAUGGUGAUCGACACCUUCUUGAGUUGCAUCCCAAUUCGUCUGGUCCACUGGCUGUACGCCUUUCUUUAUUUCGUGGUGUACAUCGGCUUUUCUCUCAUCUACUGGGCAGCUGGUGGGACCAACAAUAAAGGAGAGCCAUUUAUCUACAAAGCCCUCGACUACAACGACUUCUCGCCAACAAUUGGGGGCCUUUUGGUUGUUUUCCUGUUCAUUGUUUUGCCCAUUUUACAUCUAAUUUUAUUUGGCCUUACUAAGUUACGCGAUUAUCUUGAUAGAAGGCGAAAUAACUUUGAGUAGCACGUAAGUUUGCUUUUUGAUUGAAUCACAUCCUAAUUACUAUUUAGCCCAAAUUUUGUGAACGUUUGCUUGGAUUAUCUGCAAGUACUCCUGAUCAUUUGAGAGGCGAUAUCUCAAGUCAGUAUAAAACAAAUCCGCUGCUAACAACUUAGAAGUCUAGUUAUACGGGGCCUCUGUUCAAAGUUCUUUCUCGUAUUUCGCGCAAGGGAUAAAGGUAACAAACUUUAGAUCGACGGUGCAUUUAUUUUCACGCCCAUCCUUCCUCAUGGGAAUCAAACUUGGGACCUUUUGUGCAGAACCAUUUAUCCUUUAAUACUCCCAGUGGGUAAGACUUUAACCCCGGGGGGGUACUCCUGGAAAUGUGAUUUUUAACACCCGUUUCUAAGAAAUUAUUUCGUCAUUACUUAGAUAAGAACAGCGACAAAAUUUCUUAAAAUACAUUUCGAAUUCGCAUUUUUUCCUCUCUUUCUUACUCAUUUGGAAUUGAAACGAUAAAUACCUUCAUACAUUCCUGUAGUUCCCUCGAAAACCAUACCCGAUUCCAGACCAAAAUGGGCUAAGUCGAUGCCCAUUUUAGAGCAAAACAGCGCAAAAACCUACCCUUUGUGGCGGCACACACCUAUAUGGCUUAUGUAAGGGAGUACCCCCCGGAAAUUUAUAAAGCUGUCUGACACAUAUUUGGUUUGAAAAACACCUCUUACAAUCAACUUACUUAUACAGUGGAAGGACCCUGAAGCUCUCAUAAGCGGGCACCCUCGGGACGCGAAAAAGGUGACCGAAACUGGAGCAGACCGCCUAGGGGAAUGUAAAAAUACAGAGUUUGUAUCGGAGUCGACUGAACCAGGGUUUUGUGAAGGUGGCCGUAAGUAGAGUGUACAUUUACGAUAGUGUACGUUCGUUAGGAGGGCUUCCAUUGUAUUCAGAGACCAGUCACGAGAGAAAUCUGGGGACGAGCCCCCCUGGCUUCCCUAAAAAAAUUCUUGAAUACAGGCCUUAUUUUCUUUUUUAUUAGUUGGUAUAUUAGUUUUCAUAUGAGUCACGUUUUGUCCGGAUACACAGUCUGCGUAUUAAAUAGUUACUCUCGACGCUAGUAAAUGGAAAGAAAAAUGGAAAUUUAUGUCCUUGGAGGCCAUUCUAUAUAAGGUUAGGCCUAGCAUGACUGAACAAGAGUAUGUCUUUAUAUUGUCCUUGUAUUCGUCCAGUGCAUACUACGUGUAUGGAGUCAUUUUAUUCGAAUUAUUUAUUUCGCUCACAUAUUAUAAUUGUAACAUUUAUCACUGCCAGCAGAAGCCCAAAUUUGCUGGUUCCGUUUUCGUUGCUUAACCAACGAAGAGGAAAAAAAUACUUUAAUUAAUACAUAUAUUGUUAUGAAUUCCUAUCCUUAGUGUUUCUGAAAAAUUGUAUUUAUAAUAAAAGUUGUGACAACUUAGCCUUCUGCCGCUCUAAACACCUGAAAAGAAUUUAAGAGGAACAGCGACGUGCAACGGGAGGAAGGCUCCGCCCCGAAGUCCAAACCCUUUGCCCUUUUGUAUACCACCGUUGUAGUACAGAAAAGGGUACCCUUUCGUACAUCUUUCAUUGAAAAAUGGAUACCUACUUUGGAGAGGAGCACUCCCGUAUAGUUCAUUCAGUGAAGGGAGUCCCCGCCAGCAAUAGGCCUGUAUUUGAAAGUGAGAGUGCGUAAUGGUUAGCGGUGCUGAUAGCGUACUCAACUGCAAAAGUUCGUAAGGGGGUCCAUAGGUAACCUUCCCGAUAAAAUGAUUCAAAGUUUACGCCGGGCACGGGGCCACCCGUGCCCCUACUCCUACGGCUAUGUACAAUGCGGGGAAAGCUAAGGGCAUGUUUACAUGGUGGUGGGGGACCCUAGGUAGGUGAGGUAACCCGCUUAGGUGAGGUAACCUGUCUGUCCAUUUAAUCUCUCAUUUCAAUUUGAUCACGUUUACAUGGCCAUACGACAGAUUAUAUGGACAGGCGGGUUACACCACCUAAGCGGGUUGCCUCACUUAUCUGGGGUACCCCACCUCCAUGUAAACAGGUCUUAACUCUGCACUGGUUUAGAUAACGGCAAAGGAACUCAUCGCUGAUCCAAAAUAAAAGAAAGUACUUUGGUUUUAUUUAGUGUUCUCAAACUCAUUAAUAAUUCAUUAAGAAAAUACAAAGGAAAUUAAUGUUUAAUGAGUGUUUGGAAAUCGGAUGAAACACUGCUUAGUAUUUGCAUCCUUAAUUUCUCCUUCAAAAAUGAUUUUGUUUGAGAAGAAAUAUCAAACAUUCGGCACAGUGUUUCAUCACCAGAUGAAACAACUCGAAGUUCGUCAAAAAUACUCCGCUGCGCGUCGUAUUUUCAACUCUCUUCUCGGUGUUUCAUCUGGUGAUGAAACACUGCAUCUCAUGUUUGAUAUAUUACUUGAAAUAGGUAAACAGACAUUCGACAUUUAGCAUCAAACAUUGUAAUUUUUUCAUAGCCUUUUGUCCUUUGCUUUGAGAACAUUGAUAUCGAAAAGAAGAUAAGCAAAAUUACAUAACAAUAAUAAUGAAUAACUUUUGUUUUUAUUGCUAUAUUAACCUUUCCCCUCCUUUAAGGUACGCAUAUGUGUGCGUGUGGCUACGUCCUUGAUGACCACGCUGGUUUGGGUUGUGGCUCUUGUUUUUUUUUUGUUCUCAUUUAGGGCCUGUUUAUAUGGGGGUGGGGAACCCAGGCAGGUGAGGUAACCUGCUUAGAAGCAUGGGGUAACCCGCCUGUCCAUAUAACUCUCAUUUUAAUUUGAUCACGUUUACAUGAUAGGUGGGGUGACCCGUCACUCGUUACCUCACCUAUCUGGGGUCCUCCACCUCCAUGUAAACAGGCCCUGCUCUGUCACGGUUGUCUGGUUCGUUUUGUUAUAAUGCUGAUUAUCCAUCCUUCAUUCGCUAUUGGACUUGAAAAAUUACUAGCUUGGGAACGAAAAGAUCACAGCUUCGUGACUCCCAAGCAUUAUUUCAAACGUUGUAAACAGCAAAAGUGAUCUUAGAAAAACUGUUAGGGUAGGCAUGGGUCGCACUUGGGAAAAGUUUUCAUCUUUGCCGGCUAAAAAACCACAAAAAUUCGAAACCGCAACCGGAAAAGAAAACGUUUAGUCCAACCGAGGAGGGUCGCAUUUAAUAGUGGGAGUUAAUAGUUUUUGCUUUGACACAUUGAGAACUUAAGAACGCCAGAUACCCGAAAACAUUUUUCUCUUCUUCGUCCGAACCUUUGUCGAAGGAUCUUUUUCCUCCAUUCCGAGUUUCAGGAGGAUGGGACAAAUAAAGAAGACCAGAAAGUGCUUAAAUGUGAAUAGUGCAUUUGGCUUGGAGAAUAACAAACCUGUGAAGUGUUUGCUUGUGUAGACGGGAAGUGGUUCGCCUUCAAUAGAGCUAGUUCCCGUAAAAACCUUAAAAUAGCGAAGGUUUAUAAGCGAGUGAAGUCCUUGCCUGUAGAGAGUUUUCGAAAAAAACUUGAAAUGGCGAAGGAUAGCCGAGUAGAAGCCUCUUCGCGAAGGUCUAAAAAUUCGACCGCGUUUACUUUAAAUUGAUCUUGUUUCAAAUGGAUCACGUUCAUGACAAGGCGCUGACAGUUACCGCUGUGAUUCCUAUUGUUUAGCUCGAGUUUUCCAAAAUCUGCCUGCCCCACCCAAGCACUACGGCGUCUUUGAUGUUUUUGCCGAUUUUCAAAGUUUUUUCUAACUUGAAAAACUCGGGGUCGCACUUAGCAAUGUCCACUGAUGACAGAUUUCUACCGCAAGGUAAACAAAUUCUCCCAAAAAUUUGCCAAGUGCGACCCAUGCCUAAUACGUUUCCGGAAGUUUUCAAAAACCACUAAUGCAAUCCAUUUCCAAAUCUUCUUUAAGUUGGCCCAUCAACCUACCCUCCCACGAAGGCGUUUUUAGGGGAGUUCGUGUUUCGUCCCUACCCACAAACUUAAUAAAUUUUAAGUCUCUUUUACUUCCAAUUCUGAAUUUCAGUUACUCUUGAUUUUUGUUUUCUGUUUUUUCUGAUUGACGAUUCUCGCUUCGAAUUUCUUACUUCUUUGUUAUGAUUCAAGUGCGUGAUUAAUUGCUGUUGACAUCACAGGUGGCUCAAGCAUCUUUAAUGUUGCGUAACGUUCAAAAUGAUAAGGAUUUGUAUGGGAGAAAAAAAAAAGAAUUUUCAUAAAAAUCAACUAAUUUCUCGCCUUCAUUAAAUGCAGUGCCUCACAAAACUUAAAGUCAAGAGAUGACAUUUAUCUCGCCUCAUUGCACUUCAGUAAGUGUUUUGUCUCGCACCGCACGUUUCAUUUAGAACUUCUAAAUGGCGACUGUUACGAAUUUUCUUCAAAGACGGGUUUUCAUGUUAAAUCAUUGGAGGGUUCAUCUCCUUUCAGGUCGCAAGUUUUCCACCAAAAUUCAAGAAGAACUUACUUGUCGCCUGGCUACGUCAAGCGACUUCGACAACGUCGUGAAAUUAUCAACGGGAAUUUUUAACGGUUACGACUGUAUUCCAGUUGUAUUCCACGAAUGGCUUAAGAAGGAAAAUAUGGCCAUAAUGCUAUUGUUUGCAGGCAGAAGUCUAAUCGGCCUGAGUGCAAGCUGCAUUGUUGAUGAAGGAAAAACGUUUGUCCGUCGCUUUGAUCGCAUAAUACCCAAUCUUCGUGGCCAGGGUCUCCAGAGAAAGAUUGCCGAUGCAUUGGACGAACAUGUACAAACAAACUUCCCAAACGUCUCCAGAGAGCGAUUUACAAGUUUUCUAGAUCUCACAAAAGUCAUCACUGGGAGAAGGGCCUAUCAAAUUCUUGAGCGUGAUGAGUUGUCGUUUUUUGUGCAGGAGAAACCAACAGGAAACUUUGACAGAUAUUGCAGUUUUCGCCGUGUUCUCGGUAAAGAGAAGGAAUCUGAUAUUGAGUCGUGUACCAAAGAAUACUUCUGCAACGUUAUCCUGUCCUGCCCAGUAAAAGAGAAGAUGAUUCCCAACAAUAAUGUCCUCGUGUUCGACUGGUGCCCGUAUGAGCCUCUCCCAUCAAAUGUCGACUUAAUCCCAGGAGAAAAACACCACUUACACUUCUUCGUAGACAAAUGUUCUUCUUCAGGCGGUCCAAUAUCUUUUAGCUACGGAAUUCAUACACAGACAGUGAUAGCAGAGAAAUGGGAGGCCACAGUUUACACUGAUGAUCCAGCCGUCUUUGAAGCUCAUCUUCUGCAUCAGUUUAGGCUUGCUCGUGAUAUCAUCGAAGGCAAAUUCACCUUCUUUUCAGUUCAAGAUAGAAUCAUGACGCCAUUUGCCCGAAGG